GAUCCUCAACAACAUCAUGAUGCUGACGAGGCAGAGAAGAGUCUCUCCAGAUCAGAACUCCUCAAGAAACACCUGCAGAGACCCACAGGGAAGGAAUCUAACUGCUGCUCUGGCUGUGGGAAAAGAUUCAACUCUUCAGUAAAACUUAAAAUACAUCAAAGAAUUCACACUGGAGAGAAAUCUUUUGGCUGUGAUCAAUGUGGGAGGAGUUUUACUGCGCCUAGCCAUCUGACUAUACACCAGAGAACACACACAGGAGAGAAACCUCAUAGCUGUGAUCAAUGUGGGAAGAGUUUUUCUCGGCCAGACAGCCUGAUGGUACACCAGCGGGGACACACAGGAGAAAAACCUUAUAGCUGUGAUCAAUGUGGGAAGAGUUUUACUACAUCUGGCCAGCUUACUUUACACCAGAGAAUGCACACAGGAGAGAAACCGUAUAGCUGUGAUCUAUGUGGGACUAGUUUUACUACAUCUGGCCAGCUGACUAUACACCAGAGAAUGCACACAGGAGAGAAACCUUAUAGCUGUGAUCAAUGUGGGAAGAGUUUUACAUCAUCUGGCCAGCUGACUUUACACCAGAGAAUACACACAGGAGAGAAACCUUAUAGCUGUGAUCAAUGUGGGAAGAGUUUUACUACAUCUGGCCAGCUGACUUUACACCAGAGAACACACACAGGAGAGAAACCUUAUAGCUGUGAUCAAUGUGGGAAGAGUUUUACUAGAUCUGACCAUCUGAUGUUACACCUGAGAAUACACACAGGAGAGAAAUCUUAUAGAUGUGAUCAAUGUGGGAAGAGUUUUACUAGAUCUGGCCAUCUGACAUUACACCAGAGAAUACACACAGGAGAGAAGCCUUAUAGCUGUAAUCAAUGUGGGAAGAAAUACUCUGAUAAAAGAUCUCUGAUUAAACAUCAGAAA